AUGGCGCUAGCCCAGCCAAUGCCAAUGAGAUUACCGGGGCCGUCUUGGGAUGAGGAGGUCGUGCCAGCCCUUCGCAAACGUCUCGAGAGUGAAAGCAGGACGCUUUCAAAGAGAAUGUCCGCCAUCUCGCUUUCCGCAGACGAUGUACCCAUGCCGCCAAUGCUUUCUGAAUUGACAUCGCGGUCCAAGGCGCAGAAUAGUUCGCAUGCUCGAGGGGGAAGCAGUAUAAGGACCGCCGGACCAAGUCCAAUGCAGAUGGAGAACAGCACGUCUGGUUCCACAGCCAGUACAUCUCGUAGCAUUCCCAAUCCGGCAAAGCCACCAGCACCACAAUCGUCCAAUUAUCAACGCUCCAGAACGUAUUCUCAACCAGACACAGUCCAUGUCCCCAAGUUGACUACAAAAAUGCGCCGCAACAUUACAACCGCAGACAGCACAAAGUCCACCGACUCGUCGCGGUCGCGACCGACACGUAUUCCCAAACCAUCGCGGGCGUAUGGGGGCUACAGUAAUGGGAAUACACCCGUCAUACCACAAACCAACGGUUUCUCGACAAACAGCCAUGGGAGCAGGCCACUUACGUCCCCGGCAACACGUUCGACUGCUGGAUUUCCCAAUGACCGAUCGACCUCGGGACUCUUGAACGAGCCCCCUCCAUUUCCACCUUCCUCGUCUACCUCAUCGUUAAACUAUUCUCAGAACAGCUAUCCAGACCCCGACGAAGCUCCGCCAAGGCCCUCGAUAGACUCGGAAGAACGCCCUUUCGAGCACUGGUAUCGAGGAGAGGUUUCACGUAAUGGAGGUGUUGGUGAAUUGCGGGUGGGAAGGCAGCAAGAAAUGCUGGAAAUUGCAAAUUAUGGCCAUAUGAUUCGAGGGAUGCAGAGAAAACCGGUCGUUGGAUGGAAUAAUCAUCAGUCGCCACUGCAUUCGAGACAUGCUACCGAUGACUCCCCACGACGGCAUAGGAAGCGUGCGGACAGCAUUGCAGGGAUUACAGACGUUGAGAGGGUACGAGGAAGCAUAUUGUUCGAUGAGGAGGGUAUGGAUGCGGUAGGCCGCGUUCUGGACGAGCAUCCCCUGACGGACAUAGAGGGGGAGGAAUCGGAUAUUGCAUCGCUGGCUUCGCACCAUUAUCGACACGGCAGACUCGACCAUAUGCCAGGCGUAGGAGACAUUUCAACGUCGACAGCAACUCCAACAGCCCCCACACCGACCCAGUUUGAUGAAACCGUUGAUCGAAGUACCACUCCACAACCCAGAUCGUCGUCAUCGUCUCGCGGAUAUCCUCCUAGUCGAAUACCAUCCCGCGCAGCAAGACGGUCAUCCGAAUCUCGCGCUGCCACCCCUACAAUGAACAACCCUCCCACAGUAAAUGGCGCGUCAACUUCGAAAACGCCAUCUCCGCCUCCCAUACCGCCGCAAACCUCUCGUUCAGUUUCAUCCCAAUCUAUACCUUCAACGAAUGCUACUCCUAACGGAAAGCGUGUGGUUUCGCCCACUUCUGCGAAGAAGCGUACGCCUGUAAAGUCUCUAAGAGGGAAGCAGGUGCCUCCCGCUUUGGCAAAGAGAGACAAUUCGAAAGAACCUCGGACUGUUUCGCAGUACCCCUCACCCGGCGACGGAGAAAACAUGGCUGACGCUAUUCCAACAUGGACCCAGCCAAUUCCCAGGACUGGUAAUUGGGACGAGGUGGUCUUACCUGUCGUUGCGCGGCAGAAGGGUUUGGACGAAUUUUAUCAGACUGCAGAUGGUAGUCCUCAACCUAAAAAAGUGGAAACGACUAUCGCGCCUGCACCUGGAACGUUUGGUUACGAUCCCGCUAAGUACCGCCGCAGAGACGAAGGUGAAGCCAUCCCCAUGGACGAAUUCGGUCGUCCGCAUGAACAGGAAGAACCGGAACAGGCGCAGCGCAAACCUCAGCCAACGGAGACUACAACAGACGAGUUCCGACCUUACCAAGAGACCUCCUCUCCGCACGACGAAACGCCGCUUCCCGUUCGAGGAACACCGCCGCCAUCACCGCCUCCUUUCUCCCAAUAUGCUUCACCUUCACCGCAGAUUGUGGCAAACACAGUGCCACCUCCCAACCCCAAUUAUCAGGUGCAGGAAGAAGAGGACAAGGGAGCAGGAUGCUGCAAAUGUACUAUCAUGUAA